AUGUUAGCCUUAUGGAACCCAACCGGAGUUCGCGAGUUAUGGGAUGAAUUUCUUCCACAACUGAUUGAAGAUCACCUCCGCUCCAUCACAGAACAAGGUGUCAUUAAUCUUAUGUUGCGGGAACUUAGUUCUAAUCUUGGUCCAGAUUUGAUGAAGAAGGUGGUGAACUCUGUUUCUCAGCGCGAAAGUUCUAUAUUCUUUAUUGAUGGUCCGGGUGGUUCAGGGAAAACUUUCCUGUAUCGGGCGAUACUGGCCUAUCUAAGAACUGAAGGACAUAUUGCAAUUGCAACGGCGACAUCAGGAAUCGCUGCAACCAUGAUUCCAGGUGGACGAACCGCUCAUUAUAGGUUCAAGAUACCCGUACCAGCUGACUCAACAUCUACAUGCAAUAUACCUGUGGACACUGAUUUAGCAGAUCUCAUUCGGAAGGCCAGCUUGAUUAUUUGGGACGAAGCAACAAUGGAUAACCGAUAUACAUUUGAAGCUUUAGAUCAGACAUUAAGAGAUGUAACUAAGGUUGAGCUACCAUUUGGAGGUAAGAUUUUGGUUUUGGGUGGUGAUUUCCGUCAAGUGUUGCCUGUAAUUGAACGUGGCACACGAGCACAGGCAGUAAGUGCAUGCUUAACCAAUGAAAAAUUCUGGAAGCACGUCAAGGUAAUUCAUCUCAAAGAAAACAUACGUUCAAGGUUGGAUCCCGGCUCCUCAGAAUUCUUGCUUCGCAUUGGAGAUGGAGUUGAGCCUUAUGUUAUGGUAGAGAUGGUGAAACUUGCAGAUGAUACUGUGUUGGAAUGGGAUGGAGAGAAGGAUGUUAGGAGAUUGAUUGACGAGGCUUUUCCAAGACUUGAAGAGAAUGAAUUUGACAAAGUUUAUAUGAGUCGGAGGGCCUUGAUAACUCUAAAGAAUGACGUUGUCGAAAAGCUCAAUCAGAAAGUUGUUGAAAUCUUCCCGGGAGCCGAGGUAGUGUAUCACUCUUUUGACACGAUAACAGAUGACCCCAAGAAUUUGUGGACAAAAUAUUUUCUCAAUACUAUUGUUCCAGGUGGAUUACCUCCUCACAAGCUUAUACUGAAGAUAGGUUCUCCAAUUAUUCUCUCGAGAAACCUUGAUCCAAAGUGUGGCCUUUGCAAUGGAACAAGGUUAUUGUGUCGAAGACUAUUCACAAACUUCAUCGAUGCAUAA